GGUUGUACACGUAGACCAAUCGAGCUUUUCCCAUGUAAGUGAUGUUUGACUGGCCUGAUAUGAUACCACAAGUUUAGACCGGCACUCUUGAUGUAGAACGCUCACGUUAAAUGUCCCUCAUCGACAGCCCCACUGUGAGAUGGAGGUAAAUUAGGUACUGAAGGACCUUAUAAAUGGGAGAGUUGAAGCUGACACUCUAGUUGAUAUAAUGAAUGUCAAAUAGCUAAUGGACACAGUUACACCACGUAAGGAGGUUUAAAUGGCUUCAUGCAUCAAUACUUUGAUUUUCUCCCUAUAAAUAUGCACACCUUCUCCCUUCAUCUUCUCCACUGCUACCACAAUCAUAACUUUUUGUCCAAGCGACUUCAAAGUGAAGAGCAGCGAGUAAUUAAUGGAUGCUCUGUUUGAGGAUCUGCUAGAGAUUAUAUAGAGUCAGGAAAGAGAGGAUCCAUGGAAGAAUCACAAGGCUUUUCGAUCACCUGUGAGGAGCAUGAACAGCUGAUAUCCAGGUUGAAGGAUUGGAGAAGAAGGUCGGGGAUCAAAGCUCCGAAGAUUGAAGUCAGGUUCGAGGAUUUGUCAGUGGAGACCGAGGUCCAUGCUUCGGGGAGAGUUCUUCCCACCCUUCCGAAUGUCAUCAUCAACACUGCUCAGGAACUUCUGGGAUGGCUAAAAGUGUAUGAUACAAAAAGGAGGCAUGUCAAAGUGCUGAGUGAUUUGAAAGGAAUUGUAAAGCCAUCUAGGAUGACACUUGUGCUAGGAUCUCCAGGAUCAGGAAAGUCGACGUUUUUGAGAACACUUUCUGGGAAACUAGAUCCUAGUUUAAAAGUCACAGGGAAAGUCACAUACAAUGUACAAAAGAUGAAUCGCUACAUCUCACAAAGGAUGUGUGCAUAUGUUAGUCAACUUGACACCCAUCAAGCUGAGAUGACAGUGAAGGAGACCAUGGAGUUCUCUAGGAAGAUGUUAAAUGCCAGAGAUGAAAUAGGCAAUGAUCUAUGUCUUAAUUUAAUUGUUGCUUCCCUUUUAACAUCGCAAUGA